GGACAUUUUUUUUAAAUGCUUGUUAUUUAUUUAGUGGAUAAAAAUUUACUUGAGACAAAAGAAAUUUAUUUAGAAUACUUUAAUUUUCAAUUCGAUGUUUAUCUCUUUAACUUCAUACAUGUCAAUAACAUUGAACAAUACAUAGAAGAUUGUCCUCAAAAAGUAAAUCCGGUUGGGAGUUCUAAGAGUUUGAUGUCCUGCUCCAAAACAAACAAGUCUUCUGGUGCUUAUACUCAGAAAACUGUGAGUUCGACUGAGUACGGUUCUAAAUAUGGACAUAUAACAGCUCGAAGGGACAGUGCCUGUAGCUCUAAAAGUAUGGAUUCUGGAAAAUCAAGAGCACCUAGCCGGACAUCUACUGAAGGGAGGUUAAAAUCCACAGGAAAAAAAGCUCCUUGGAAAUGAAUAACCUGCCCACAUAUUAUGCCAUCCUUGCCUUGCCGUCCAAAAUCUUGGUGCAGUUAUUGCUGUAAUAUUGUCACAGCUGACGCAUAAUUUGUCUAUGGAAACAAAGCACAGCACUGAGUCAUUUGAAUUUUUAUUUAUUGUAAAAAAAGCAACAAAUUUUAUCUUUUACUUCUAUAAUCAUUUCAUAAGACUCAAUUAUUUUUUUAACCAUAGUUGGAUUGUUUUAGUCAAUUAAAGUUUAUAUCUAGUCUCUGUA